CUCUCUCUUGCUUAAAAUCUGAAGUCUAAACAAGCCCGAUGCUAAGACGUAGGAGCCGAAUCCAAAUCGAGCUGGAAGCGGAAGAAGAAGUGCAGGCUAAAACCAAGGAAGACAAAAAGCGAAAAAACAUGCUGCGGCGGAUGGCAAGGCGGCUGACGAGCAACUUGCCGGAGAACACGGUCUACGCCUGGCCGAAACCGCAGAGCCCGAGCCAGCGCGUGACGGUCAACCACCUCCGGCAGAAGCACCGGCGUGGCGACCCAAUCACUGUGGUGACCGCCUACGACUACCCCUCGGCCGUCCACAUCGACUCCGCCGGCAUCGACGUCUGCGUCGCCGGCGACUCCGCCGCCAUGGUCGUCCACGGCCACGACACGACGCUCCCCAUCUCCGUCGACCAGAUGCUCGUCCACUGCCGCGCCGUCGCCCGCGGCGCCUCCUGCCCCCUCCUUGUCGGCGACCUUCCCUUCGGCUCCUAUGAAUCUUCUCCCUCCCAGGCGGUGGACACGGCGGUGAGGUUCCUCAAGGAAGGGGGGAUGGACGCCAUCAAGAUAGAAGGGGGCGCCCCCUCUAGAAUCACGGCGGCCAAGGCGAUCGUCGAGGCCGGGAUUUCGGUCAUGGGGCACGUCGGUCUAACUGCGCAGGCCAUCAGCGUGCUCGGCGGCUUCAGGCCCUAGGGCAAGACGGUCGCCAGUGCCGUCAAGGUUGUGGAGACCGCGCUCGCCUUGCAGGAGGCCGGAUGCUUCUCGGUUGUCUUGGAGUGUGUGCCCGCACCGGUGGCGGCAGCAACUACUUCUGCCCUCAAGAUUCCAACAAUCGGCAUUGGGGCCGGGCCAUUCUGCAGCGGUCAGGUGCUAGUUUACCAUGACUUGCUGGGCAUGUUACAACACCCUCAUCAUGCUAAGGUUACUCCUAAAUUCUGCAAACAAUUUGGACAUGUGGGGGUUGCCAUCAACGAGGCUCUAUCAGAGUACAAACAAGAAGUAGAAAGCCGAUCAUUUUCAGGUGCAGCUUACACACCAUACAGAAUAAGUGCAGCUGAUGUUGACAGGUUUCUGAAUAAGCUACAGACAAUGGGCUUGUAUGAGGCUGCCACAGCAGCAGCUGCUGCUGCUGAGAAUGUUGAGACAGCUGGGAGACCAUCGGAAGACACAUGCUAAGUGUGAAUUUUGCUUUCGACAACCAGGUCUUUCUGCUAGUUUUACCUGACAUUUUCUUCUUUUUCUUCUUCCUCUGCAUGGAUGGUUUCAGCACAUUUUUUUUUCCAAGAAAAAGCUGCCCCUUGAAGAAUGGAAAUGGAUAUGAAUCUUUUUACUAUAAUAUUCUUUAUUUUACACUAAAAAACGUUUAACCAUCUAACUUUAUAUCUUCCCUGAAAGUAAUAAAUUGGCUUGUUUCUCGUACUCUUAAAAUGCAUGAAAGUGUUCUUUGAAAGCUUGUCAUACAAAUGCUUUUGGUUUGAGCUGAGUGGUAUUUGUUUUUCCAGGGGUAGGACAACGAGUUAGAUGCAUGUAUGUAUCCUUUGGAGGUCUUUGCUUAUGAAGCCUAGAAACAUAUCAAUUUCUUGGGGACUAAUCUUUAGCCUCUGCCGUUACAUCUUUUUCUAUGUUUCUAGCAUGUAAUCUUUUUUUUUCCAGAAAACUUUUAGAUGAUGAAUGACCAAGUUCUAGUUCCAUGAAGUAGAACUGCGGUUGUGAGAAGAUUUGGUUAGGGAGAGAGAAGGCAACCGGCUUUAAGACAUGAUAAAAAGGAGGACGAUAUCAUAAGUUUGCAACUUAGCAGACUUGCUAAGCCUACUUCCUCAGCUUGUAGUUCCUCUCUCUCCUUUCUUUCUCCAUUGUCUUGGGUGGCUCCUUGAUAUACUUAUUGGUGUCUCCAGUCUCCACUCCCUUAAUGUCUUCAUUGCAUGAUCAUCUUUUCACAAUAUCCUAUGUGUUCAUUCUGUUUUGCUUAUCAAGACGAUCAUCAAGCAGAAAUCCUGCCCCUUCAUUUUCUUCUCCACUUUUUUAAGAAAAGUCCAAGUUUUUGGAUGACAAUGCAAUCGGCCUUCUUCACCAGCAUCCCUAUUGUGGGCUAUCUAGAUGCCAAAAUUUAUCAACGAUUGCCACCUUGUAAUUAUAUUGUAUAGAGAUGGGCAUUUGGCUCAACAUCGUGGCCCUAAGGUACCAGGAAUCAUCAUGAGUCAUUAUGCAAUUCUUGCCAUAUAGAUGAGGGCAUUAGUGCUGACCUGGUUCAAAGUGAGACUCAUCAUAGUAUAUAUCUGUUAUUAUUAUCAGAAUUAUUGGAUGUAUUUAAUUAUAUAUUCUUGAGAUUAAUGGUCAAAUUCUUUGAAAAUUUUAUCAUUGCUAGGUGGGACUUGUUUUUAUUUGAUUUGGGUGUCAUAAGUAUUGUGCUAGAAGAACCAACUGGUACUGGAGAAAUACAGAAUGGAUGAAUGAGGGAGUAGUGAAGAAUCCUCAAAAUCAUUGUUUGUCAAGCACCAAAAUGUAAAUUACUAAUGAUACAUAGCAGCUAGAUGGAAGGAUCUCUGAUUGGUGUUACUUCAGUUAUUCUGGCGGUCUGUUUGCUGAAGGAAGAAAACUUCUUUCUGCGGAAGCCCAGAAAAGUCCAAAUAAUAGAACAACUGCUGCUUGUGGUGGUGAUCAUAGGAUGGAGGUGGACAUAGUGAGUUGUAAGUUCAUUGCAAUCCGUGGAGACAAGCUACAAAUAUCUACAUAGUAUGCCAGAUUGGAACUGUGAAACUCCUGGCUUUCUCCUGGAAUCCAUUAAAGCUUCUUACUGAUGGUGCACCAUUAAAGCUAGUUAGAUAGCCUGUCGCACCAUUAAAGCUUCUUACUGAUGGUUUUCUCCUGGAUUCCAUUAAAGCUCCUUACAUGGUGAGUUUUAAGUUCAUUGCCACCCCUGGAGUCAAGCUACAAAUGAUCUAUGUAGUGCCAGAUUUAACUGGGAAACUUUUGGUUUUCUCCUGGAAUCCAUUAGAGCUCCUUAUUGAUGCUGUCCCAUAAGUAUUAUGAGGAUGACAACAUGCAAUUGUCUUAAAGAUUUGGUAUUGGGUUCUUGUCAGUUUUAUCUUCUUUACAACUAGUGGAGAAAGGGAUAGGCUGGGAAGAUAAUAUGAAUGCUGGCUAUUUUUGGCCUUUCAAGUACAAAUCACUUGGGGACCAUGUUAUUCAUAUGGAGCGGCACCUUUGGUCAAAGUUUUGUGCAAUUGUUGUCUACUUAUCUAAUGUUGUUGUUUGUGAAGCUGAAGGGUGAUAUACCUUCUUGUAUAGGAGUUAACGAUGAUCCUGUAAUCCUCCCACUCACCAUUCAAAUCAGUUAAAUCUUAAUUUGGUAUACUCCAUUGAGAGUUGCAAAGCAUAUAGGUCUCCUCAUUUCUUGAGCUGUUGUUACACAUGAAAAGUUUUUGACAACACAAAGAUUCAUGAUAUCGUUGCUAUUAACCCCAUGUCUUGGUGUAAAUACUUACAUGAUAUAUGUGAACGUAUUCUCGCAAGCAACUGUUGGUUUUUGUGUAGGUAUUUGAUGCAACUUAAAUAAACUAAACCUUCCAACCUCUAUCAGCCUUCCCAUCUUGAUAUUUUUAGCUAUCAAAAGCAAUACAUUUUUCUCUCAAAUGUUUUAAGUAACUCUUUUCCUGAUGUUAUAUCUUUGUCAACUUAGUGAAAUAGACACAUAUUCUCUUAUUCCAUUUCAUAGGCAAUCCAUACUUUGUUGAAAUUUGCUGAGGCCUACCUAUUUAUCUGGAUGGUUUUAACACUCAGAAUAUCUUUGUUAACUCUUUAAUCCACCCCAAUGUUUUUGCUGAAUCUUUUACCUGUAAAGUGUGUGGUCAGGUGGAUGUCCUUGGAUUGACCUGGGAUCGAGAUGCUUCUAAUAAUUGAUGCUCUUGUUGAUGGAUAUCUUCAUCCAGCUCCAAUAGAAGUCCAUAUUACUUCCUGAAACUGAUGCUCGAGUUGACAAUCUUUGCCGUCCACCUCCAUUGCAAAUCCUUAUUAAGCAGUGUGCCCUCAUCACUUUUAGUAGGCUGUUGCAUACUCUUGUGUUUUAAAUUAUUCACUCUUUGAGAUUACUUUUUUUUUCUUUUCUAAAAUAGAUAAUUCACACUGUUCUA